AUGGAGAAGGAGAUGCGGGCGCGCGGGCCAAAGCGCAAGAUCGAGCCCUUCGCCGCCAACUGCGGCUACCGCUACCUGCUCCACGUCGACGGCAACGUGGCCUCGAGCCGGCUCGCGCUCGCGUCGGAGAUGCACCUCGGUGCAACCAUCUUCAAGCAGGACUCCUUCUCGAGCGAGCACUUUUACCCGCUGCUCCGGCCGUGGCGCCACUACGUCCCAGUCGACCGCAGCCUCGCCGACCUCGACGAAAAGUACAGGUGGGCUAACGCAAACGCGCGCGAGGCGGAGGAGAUUGGCCGCCGCGCGCAGGCGUUCGCGCGGGAGCACCUGCACACCGGCUCGGUGGCGUGCUACUGGUGGCAGCUCCUCUCCGCCCUCGCGGACCUGCAGCCCUUCGCCCCGCGGACCGGCGCCGACCUGGGGUUCCGGCCGGCGUGA